AAAACAAUAAAGCGAAUUCUGAUUCAAGUGUAGUUUGGGAGCUGAAGCGGAGAUGUAAUGUUAUCAGUGUCCUGCGGGCGGCAGUAAUGAAACUGCGCGCGCGCGCGUGCGCUGACAGAGGCGCUGUUGAAGAAGAAACUCGAGCGGCUGAAAAUAUGUGAUCACAUAUAAAAUAUUGAAAUUAGUUAAAUCAUUGUAUCGUGUUGUGCAUGUGUAAAGCGGAGUGUUAUCUGUAUUAACACACGGGUCUGAUCUGGACUGAAGAAGGUCGCUGGUUUGAGUUUGUACAAUGUCUGUUGUUUUCGUGCCUAAACGGCAGCGCGGAAGAGCCCAAAUCAACCAGGAGACGAUUCAGAGAUUGUUGGAUGAGAAUGAUCAGCUGGUCAGAUGCAUCACAGAGUACAUGCAGAAGGGUCGAGCCACAGACUGUGUUCAAUAUCAACAGAUUCUGCAUCGGAACAUUGUGUACUUGGGUACACUAGCAGAUGCCAGCACGGAAAUCAUGCCUGAUAAUGAUAAUACUUCUUGUGAAACAAACCCACCGGCAGAGAGUAAAGACACGUCAGAUGUUACAGAUGCGACUAAAACGGAUGAUUUUCUUUUCUGUACAUAAUUCAAGUCUUUUAUGUGAUAUUGUAUACAUGUAUAAAGAGACAAUAAACGUUUAUGUAAAUAAGA